AUUGAUUUAAUCAAUUCUUGCAGGCGUAUCUACCUAGCCAAACGCCUGUGCCAUUGAAGCAAUAUAGAGAUCAGGAAUUAGUGAACUUGAGAGGGACUGGGAGUGGUCAGCUUAGGGAAUGGGAUAGGGUGUAUGACUAUGCUUAUUACAAUGACCUCAGUGAGCCUGACAAAGGUCUCGAAUAUGUUCGGCCAGUCUUGGGUGGGAAUUCGAAGUAUCCUUAUCCCCGACGAGGAAGGACAAGCAGAGCACCAACUAAAACUGAUCCUAAUACUGAGAGCAGAGUUCCACUGAUUCACAGCUUAGAUCUUUAUGUUCCAAGAGAUGAGAAAUUCGGAUACUUGAAAUUAGCAGAUGCUCUUGCUUAUGCAUUGAAAUUUCUUGCUCAGUUCCUUCACCCUGAAUUUAAGUUCUGUUUGAUUCCUCUCCAAAUGAGUUUGACAGCUUUCAAGAUAUACUUAACCUUUAUGAAGGAGGUAUCAAGCUGCCGCAAGGUCACUUGCACAAAUUCAUCACUGAUCACAUUCCCAUUGAAAUGCUGAAAGAAGUUCUCCGGAGUGAUGGGGAGGGACUCUUUAAAUUCCCGACCCCUUUUAUUAUUCAAGAGGAUAAAACUGCAUGGAGAUCGGAUGAAGAAUUUGGAAGACAAAUGCUGGCUGGAACGAACCCUGUUAUUAUUUGUCAGCUACAAGAGUUCCCGCCAAAAAGCAAACUAGACCCUAAAGUUUACGGAGAUCACACCAGUAAGAUUACGAGGGAGCACAUCCAAAAGAACCUAGGAGGUUUUUCAGUCGAGGAGGCAAUCAAUAAUAAGCGGCUAUUCAUAGUGAACUACCAUGACAUGCUUAUGCCAUACUUGAGGCGCAUAAAUGAAACAAAUAACAAGGUAUACGCCUCAAGAACUCUGUUCUUUUUGCAAACUGAUGGAACUUUGAAGCCAGUAGCAAUUGAGCUCAGCUUGCCACAUUCACUUGGAGAUAAAUUUGGUCUUGAUAGCAAAGUGUACAUCCCAUCUGGACAUGGGGUCGAAAAUGGGUUGUGGCAAUUGGCUAAAGCUUAUGUUAAUGUGAAUGAUUCAGGUGUUCAUCAGGUGAUCAGCCACUGGCUGAACACGCACGCAGUAAUUGAACCGUUUUUGAUAGCGACAAAUAGACAAUUGAGUGUGCUUCACCCGAUAUAUAAGCUUCUGCAUCCCCAUUUCCGUGACACAAUGGCUAUAAAUUCUCUGUCUCGGCAAAUCUUGCUUAAUGCUGAUGGAAUUUUUGAGAAAACACUAUUCCCUGACAGAUACUCAUUGGAAAUGUCUGCUGCUGUCUACCGGGACUGGGACUUCACUAGCAAAGCUCUCCCAACUGACCUUGUUAAGAGAGGUGUUGCUGUUGAGGACUCAAGCUCCCCACACGGUGUUCGCCUACUGAUAGAAGAUUAUCCAUUUGCAGUUGAUGGUCUAGAGAUAUGGUCAUCUAUCAAAACAUGGGUGGAUGAAUAUUGCAAAAUCUAUUACAAAUCAAAUGACCUUGUUCAGAAUGAUGUUGAACUCCAAGGUUGGUGGAAGGAACUGAGAGAGGAAGGACACGGUGAUUUGAAAGACAUGCCGUGGUGGCCUAAAAUGCAGACAGUCCAGGAGUUGAUCGACUCAUGCACCACUAUUAUCUGGAUAGCCUCUGCUCUUCACGCAGCUGUCAACUUCGGACAAUACCCUUAUGCAGGUUAUCCCCCUAAUCACCCUGCAAUAAGCCAAAGAUUCAUGCCCGAGCCUGGAUCUGCUGACUAUAAGGAGCUUGAGGUUGACCCAGACAAGGUUUUCCUCAAAACCAUCACCCCUCAGCUGCAGGCAUUGCUUGGCAUUUCCCUUAUCGAAGUUCUGUCAAGGCACACUUCAGAUGAGGUGUACCUAAGGCAAAGAGAGUCCUCUGAGUGGACAAAAGACCAGGAAGCACUUGAUGCAUUUGCACGAUUUGGGAAGAAGCUUCGGGAUAUUGAGGAUCACAUAUAUAAAAUGAACAGAGAGGGGAAACAGAGGAAUAGGACCGGACCUGUGAAAAUGCCUUACACCUUACUCGUCCCUACAAGUGAACCUGGUCUCACUGGCAAAGGUAUUCCCAACAGUGUCUCCAUAUAGAGCUUCUUCAAUUAUGUGUGUAUGACCACUCUUGAAUGGUCUAUAUGUGUGCUAGUUUUAUUUUAAAUAAAUUUGUCCCGUGAAAGCAGUGACGUGUUUGUGAAGAAUGCAAGGACUAGAAGCUAUGGGCGGAGUUUUGACGAAUAUUAAAGAAGGAAUUAAAAGAAUUUGGGGGGCUCGUCUUGUUUCGAAAAAAUGGAAGAUUUUCUGUAAGUCUAAAGGUAGAAAAGAAAUAGUUUUUGCAAAAGAUAUCCACAUUAGAUGGAAUAGUACAUACAAAUUGAUUCAUCAGAUUCUAAAAUAUAAAGAGGAACUUGCUGAAUUUUUUAGUGAUGAACUUCGUAUAAUCAUUGAUCCUUUUGAAUUUGUACUUGUUGAAAAAUUGAAUGCCGUAUUAGAAGUUUUUAAUAACGCAACUCUUACUUUUUCUCAUGUUUACCAACCAACUACAAAUACAUUUUUAAAAGAGUGCGUUACAAUCGCAACAUGUUUUCGUGAAAGUAAGGCUGAUCCAGAUUUGUACCCAUAUG